AUGAACCCCACCGAAGAUGGGAAUCCGACGAACAAGAUAGAAGACGACGACGAUGCCAACGUCCCAAACAAUGACGAUGCCGGGUCUCCAGAAGAUCGUGGUUACGAAGACGGCGUCGGCCCACAAGAUGAGGACCUCCUUCCCCGAGACAGACAAAAACGAACGCACAGCUACAACUACGCAUACGAGAAGUCCAUGAGCCAUGCCGAAGCAAAACUUUUCUAUCAGAGACACCAGGAGGAGCAACAGGCUGCAUCACGGGGUGGCGCAGGCGGUGGUGGUUAUGAUGGAGGGGAUUACUACCACCACCCUUCCCGGGGUAGUCCCGUCUUGUCACACCAUUCGAUUCCUGUGAGGAACACAACCGCAGUGGGAGAUGAGGUACCGCCCAGCAUGGCUGCGAGUACCGGAUCGCUCAAGAGUAGUAUUGGUGGCUUUGCUUCGUCGACGAGUCUAUUUGACGGUGGCAACAAUCAGCUCGCUGCAGCAGAGACGUCUAUCGCUUACAAUCAGCAUCCAACGUAUUCGCGAAUGCACGAAGACAGUGUGCUAGCAGCCGAUCAUUCGGCCAGAGAUCACAUGCUGCAGCCAGGAAUGACCCAACACACUUCAUCUGGAGAGGUCGGCGGAGUUUCGUACUCGCUGCCUCCACAGGGGUUAUAUGGAGUUGGUGGAACAAGCGGAAGUAUGCAGCAUGGUAUGGAAGGAUUUCUACCAAGUGAUGAUGCUGUCAACGCUGAAUUGGAGAUUGUCUGUCGCAAGAUCCAGAAUCUGCUAGACCGGAGACAUAAGUACAUGCAACUCUCGCUGCAGGGUCCUGGUGCAAAUCCCAAGGAUUCGCCAGAAUGGCAGAUCUAUCCCAGCCCGCCAGAGCCAGUUUGGGAUGCUGAAAAAGAACGCGCAAAGGCAGCAGCUCGAGGUAAUGGAGUCCCUGAUGGAGUACAACAGGAGCAAGAAUCAGAAGCGUUACGGACCAAGAAGAGACGCAAGAUGGGUCAAGAUAUUGGAGAAGACUUUGAUAUGGAUGAGAUGCUGCCUUUKCCAGAAGCCUCAAAUCAAUUAUUCGAGUUUGAUUCUUCCAGUGUGUAUCAGGUAUAUGAGAAUGAAGACGAGAAGGCAAAGCGGAAACCGAUUGUUCACAUUCCGUCUCUGAGAGAUUUCUACAUGGAUCUGGAUGUCGUCGUUGAAGUUUCGACUGAUGGUCCCGUCAAGUCCUUUGCUUUCAAACGAUUAUCUUACCUGGAAGGAAAGUUCCAGCUCCAUACUUUGUUGAACGAGUACCAGGAACUUGCAGACAGUAAGAAAGUGCCGCACAGGGACUUUUACAAUGUCAGGAAAGUGGACACUCACGUACAUCAUUCGGCGUGUAUGAACCAGAAACAUCUGUUGAGAUUUAUCAAGAGCAAGAUGAAGAAAUCGCCAGAUGAAGUUGUGCUCUUCCGUGAUGGCAGACAUUUGACCUUGAAAGAGGUUUUUGAGAGUAUCAAUUUGACGGCUUAUGAUUUGAGUAUUGAUACGCUUGAUAUGCACGCACACAAAGACUCAUUCCACCGAUUUGACAAGUUCAACUUGAAGUAUAACCCUGUCGGAGAGUCUCGUCUUCGUGAGAUCUUUCUCAAGACGGACAACUUCAUAAAGGGCCGAUAUCUCGCUGAAAUCACCAAAGAAGUCAUAUCUGAUUUGGAAUCAAGCAAAUAUCAGAUGGCCGAGUGGCGUAUUUCGAUCUAUGGACGAUCAGUGGAAGAGUGGGACAAGCUAGCAGCGUGGGUGGUAGACAACAAACUGUUCUCACCCAAUGUUCGCUGGCUUAUACAAGUCCCUCGUCUUUACGACGUGUACAAAUCGAGUGGCAUGGUCGAUAAUUUCGAGGAUGUCAUCAAGAAUCUCUUCCAACCCUUGUUCGAAGUAACACAAGAUCCCAACAGUCAUCCAAAACUGCACAUAUUCUUACAACGCGUCAUUGGUUUUGACAGUGUGGAUGACGAAAGUAAAGCAGAACGCCGGCUCUACAAGAAAUAUCCUAUUCCCCGCGACUGGAAUACUAAGCAAAACCCACCUUAUAGCUAUUGGAUCUAUUUCAUGUUUGCGAAUAUGGCGUCACUGAAUACUUGGAGACAACGUCGUGGGUUCAACACCUUUGUGCUAAGACCUCACUGUGGUGAAGCAGGAGAUCCAGAUCAUUUGGCAGCUGGCUUCCUUGCUUGUCACAGUAUCAGUCACGGCAUUCAUCUUCGAAAAGUUCCGCUGUUGCAAUACGUGUACUAUCUUGAUAGAAUCGGCAUUGCAAUGUCACCUCUGAGCAACAACGCACUCUUUUUGACAUACGACAAAAAUCCUUUCGCGAGCUUCUUCAGAAAGGGUUUGAAUGUCUCCCUGUCCACGGACGAUCCGCUCCAAUUUGCGUUCACAAAGGAACCAUUGAUGGAGGAAUAUGCCGUUGCGGCGCAGAUCUAUAAGCUUAGUGCUGUUGAUAUGUGCGAGUUAGCUAAGAAUUCCGUCGGUCAGAGUGGCUUUGAGCUUGCACUUAAGCAGAGAUGGCUUGGUCCUCAGUGCUAUCUACCUGGUGUUGCGGGGAACAAUGUUGCUAAAAGUAAUGUGCCUGAUCUUAGAGAAGCGUUUAGAUACGAGACGUUUCUCGCUGAGUUAUCUCUAAUUGAGAGAUACGCAACACCGAGAAGUCUACCUCGCGCAAAGGGCGGUGCAACCGAGCGAGGAACCCCCAUAUCAGCAUCGAUGGGCUCAAUGAACAACACGCCGGGUCACAUGAGGGCAGUCUCAGAUCAGUCUCCUCACACAACCACCGCGACUACUACCACAACCGCAUCAGUCUCCCAAGCCGGAUCCCCCGUCAUCCAACCUCGUGCUUUGGGACACCUCCACCACAACCGCCUAAGUAACUCUUUCUCUCAACACGGUGCUCUCCUCCCUGAUCCUGUAUCCCCGGAAUUACUAUCCUCUUCCCCAUCCUUGGCCGCAACGGGCGGACCAGGAGCAAGUCUUCCCGAGCAACGAAUCAUUCCCGGCUUGGUUCAUGAAAGGACGAGAAAAGGCAGCAAUUAUUCCAUGUCCUCUUCCGGGGCUGUCGCGGCUGCUACCAGGGCAGAUCUAUUGCAUUCGCAGUCACAGUUGCAGUCACAGGGGGCAUCGCCAAGUAGGUUUGAGGGUGAGAACAGAGGCGAUGGUUCGGAUUAUGGCGUUAUUUAA